AUGGCUAAAGUUGACUUUGCAGAUUUGUCUGGCUCCUCCACUCCUCCCACUGCAAACCCUUACGACAGCCUGAUCAAUGCUUGUAAUGGUGACCCCAAACUGAUUCAAGAACGGUACGCUGUACAUCGGACAACGCGGAACGCACAACAGCGAGAGAAGAUCCUCAGUGAUGACUUCAAGGGCUGGAUCCUUGACGAGCACCUUGUCAAACUUGAAGGGCCCAGAAAGGAAAUAUCGUACAUAGACCCUCGACAUUGUCUUGUCUUUUGGGGGAGACCGCCGCAGAGAGUCAAGACAUUGGUGGACGUCAUACAGUCCAAGCUGAAGGAUGCUGCUCCAGACCUCUGGCUUAUGCCUCUUGACAAUCUACAUAUGACGGUGAUGGAGGUCGCUCACUCCAAAACUGAAGCUGAGAUUACUGGCCUCAUGGACACGCUCAAAGAUCACUGUAAAGCGAUCGCCGAUCACACUUGCUUGCACAGAGCCAGGCUUAUCAAGCCAUUUUUGAGCUACGACUCGGCGGCGCUUGCGUUGAGCUUCUUGCCUGCCGCCGGCGAGUCACCGUCAAAUGGUCGGACAGCUGAUGACGAUCGAUACACGUAUCACCAUUUGCGGCGUGAUACAUACGCUACCAUUACAGAUUCAGGAAUUCAGGUUGGCUCCAGAUAUGUUGUGCCUUCGGCGCACCUUACUAUUGCCAGGUUUAAUUCUCCCAAUGUGUUUGGUGGAGAUCCGCUGGACGAGGCCGCGACCCUUGACAUCAAGAAGCGAAGACACUGGAUCAAUGAGCUCGAAUUGAUCAACAAGUGGCUUGAAGCGGAAUACUGGCCUCAAGAGGGACACUUGAUCAUGCCUGGAGGCGAAUGGGUGGUGGGCGAGGAGAAGGGUCUCGACUUCCGAAACGGCACAUUGUGGUACGGCGGAGGUGCGACCAUCUAUCUUGGAGAGGGAUUCGUCUAUGGUGAUGUUCCAACGGCACAGGAACCAUAA